GAUUUCUCACCAACAACAAACAAAAGAUCGGGCUCAGACGUCCACUGCGCUUUCUCCAUGUCUUUCUCUAAAUGACACUCAUCGAUUAGCUGGAUGUCGUCCUAGACAGCUGGAUUCAACUUUCUGGAUUGGAUUUUGUCGCCUUCGUAGCAUCGACAUUCCGCCGUAACGGACCGAGGAGCCUCUUCGCUUCGCCAGUCUCUGCCAGGGAGCUGUUUGCUUUGCUGCUAGCUCUCACAGCUAGCGAGCUAGCGGACCGGAUAGAGAAAUAAAAAGGCAAAGAAACCCUCAGUCUGUUCGUGUCUUGUGGCGGCUGACAGUAGACGCAGCUAAUCGCUGGCUACUGCUGGAGAGCUGUCCAGCUAAGAGUAGCUGGUGCGCGGUUGGUGUUGAAGGGAGGAAUCCGAUCGCGAUGUCCGGACCGUCAUCGGGCUGCGGCUUUCUGAUGUCGGUCGUUGUUCACGGGGACUCGGCUCUAAACGAGCAGGAGAAAGAGCUAAACCAGCGGCUCAGGCGCCUCUAUCCGGCCGUCAACGAACAAGAGACGCCGCUGCCAAGAUCGUGGAGCCCGAAGGACAAAUUCAGCUACAUCGGCCUCUCUCAGAACAAUCUCCGGGUGCAUUACAAAGGUCAUGGAAAGACCCCUAAAGAUGCUGCAUCUGUUCGUGCAACACACCCUAUUCCGGCUGCUUGUGGGGUCUACUACUUUGAGGUGAAAAUCAUCAGUAAAGGACGAGAUGGGUACAUGGGAAUUGGUCUCUCUGCCCAGGGGGUCAACAUGAACAGACUUCCAGGUUGGGACAAACACUCAUAUGGUUACCACGGUGAUGACGGCCACUCUUUCUGCUCCUCGGGCACGGGACAGCCGUAUGGACCCACGUUCACGACAGGCGACGUGAUUGGCUGCUGCGUCAACCUCAUCAACAACACCUGCUUCUACACAAAGAAUGGUCACAGUCUAGGUAUAGCUUUUACAGAUUUACCACCCAACCUGUACCCGACAGUGGGUCUCCAAACACCAGGGGAGGUUGUGGAUGCAAACUUUGGGCAGCAUCCAUUUGUGUUUGACAUAGAAGACUACAUGCGCGAGUGGAGAACCAAGAUCCAGGCUCAGAUCGAGCAGUUUCCCAUCGGCGAGCGGGAGGGCGAGUGGCAGGCUAUGAUUCAGAAGAUGGUGGCCUCCUACUUGGUUCACCACAGCUACUGUGCCACCGCUGAAGCCUUUGCCAAGUCCACUGACCAGGCUGUGCACGAGGAGCUCGCCUCCAUCAAAAACAGACAGAAAAUCCAGAAGUUGGUCCUGUCUGGCCGAAUGGGGGAAGCUAUAGAGACCACUCAACAGCUCUACCCCAAUCUGCUGGAAAGAAACCCUGACCUUUUAUUCAUGUUAAAAGUCAGGCAGUUCAUAGAGAUGGUGAAUGGGACAGACAGUGAGGUGCGCUGUCUUGGUGGGCGGAGCCCAAAGUCCCAGGACAGCUAUCCUGGCUCUCCUCGCCUCUUCAAUAGCCCUACCCACAAACCCACUAGCUCUCAGGCAUACCUGUCAGGUUUUGAUAGUAACUGCUGUAAUGGAGUGUCAUCCAGUAAAGCCCACUCUUCAGCACAUGGUCACAAGCCGUGUCCCGUAAGCAUGCCCAGCGGCGAGCUUGGGGUUCUGAAUGGCAGCCGUACCCAGCAAGCCGGUCUGAGUAAUGAUGUGGAGAUGGAGGUUGAUCAUAUCUCUAAUGGAGUGUCUGAGUCCUCCUCUAAUGGCUUCCUGAAUGGAAGCUCCACACACGGAGCUGACCUCGAGGACUGUGAUGCAGAGAUGGAAGUGGAGUCAGCUCAGUCCAAGAGGCAGUUGUGCGGGGGGAGCCAGGCUGCUAUUGAGAGGAUGAUACACUUCGGCCGGGAGCUGCAGAGCAUGAGUGAACACCUCCGCCGGGAACGAGGCAAAAACUCCGCCAACAAGAAGAUGCUCAAGGACGCGUUCAGUUUGCUAGCAUACUCGGACCCCUGGAACAGCCCUGUGGGUUACCAGCUGGACUCCAUUCAGAGAGAGCCUGUCUGCUCCACACUCAACAGUGCAAUAUUAGAGACUCAUAACCUGCCGAAGCAGCCCCCUCUGGCUCAGGCGGUUGGUCAGGCGGCUCAGUGUCUGGCCCUCAUGGCUCGCACGGGCAUCGGCUCCUGCGCCUUCGCCUCCGUGGACGAUUACCUGCACUAGCCCCUGGAGAAGCUGCCCCCCUUUAAACAACCGUGCAGCGCGGCCCAUGUCAUCCCAACUCAGCCCAGCUUCCCGAACACUGGGCCUGCCCUGAACCAUGGCCUGGAGCACUGAGCCUCCAAACAAGCCAGACCAGACCCAUCCCAUAAUGUUGGCUACUCUUCAAGAGACUGGAUCCUCUUCACCCAGGCCAGCUGAGCCUAAAGACACAUUAGGAGGAAGGAUCCCUCGAGCCAAACUGAUUCCUGAACCAUUAUGCUCUUUUGCUUUUUGUUCCUUUUUAAAUUUUUUGGGGGGAGGGGAAGGGGAGGUUGUUUUUGGGUGGGUGGGUGUUGCAGGCUCCGAUUGUUUCCUAUUUUACAAGGCAUGAGGCAGAUUAUUCUGAUUAUAAUUAAUGUUAUCAUUAAACUUGCAUAUAAGAUAUAUUUGUUCUUGAUUGAAAGCUGGCUAAGUGAGCACGAAAGGUCCCAGUACAGUAACACCCUGCUGUUUUUAAGGUGUCAGCUUGUGUACUUGUUACCAUUUAAACCCUCCCCACCUCGUUUUUUGAAAUGAUUAUAUUAACAUGCAGAGUGGAACAUUUUAGUUACCUGAAGAAGAUAAAAAAAAAAAGAAAAAAAAUGCCGUCUAACACUGCUGGACUCAUCCUUAGUGGUGGUAUUUAGUAUAGAGAGUUAGUGUGAGCUAUAUAUGAGUUAAAGCCCUUUUGUGCAAGCGCGCCCACCCUCUGCCAACUGCACAGCAGGUUUGAUGCAACGUUUGGACACUUGAUUUGUAACUGUAUUGAUGUCUAUGGCUAUUCUCAUCGGCCCCAGUCCCUCAGUCCAUCUCUUUGACUGUCCUCAUCCAGGCCAACUCACCACUCACACUUGCACUGUACAGUAUGGCUCUCAGGCGCCUGGGCCUGCAUCUAUCAGUCACUGCAGAGUGAGAGCGCUGAUGAAGGAUCACUUCCCUUUGCCCCUAGUCCAGGGAUGUCCAGCUCCGGUCCUGGGGGGCCAGGGACCAGCACAGCGUGACCAUUUCCAUGCUAAAACUCAGCUCAUUCAACUCCACAGCAACAUUUAGUAGAGGUAUCUGAGCAGGAAAAUCGGCAAACUGUGCUGUCCUAAUACCCACCAGGACCAGAACUAGAUAGCCCUGCCUUAGCUGCAAAAAAUAUUAAAGGGAAAACCUCUUCCUGCAUCAGCUCUUUUUUCUGUGGAAAGUUUGAUAAAUACAGGCCCAGGCCAAUCAGGUCACAUUCAGCUGAAAGAGGCAAGUCUGCUCCUGGUUUUCUCCCAUCGUUUACCAGCCAGCCCUUAUUGACCAUCAAUACAUUAAAAACGAAGAGAAUGAUACAGUAUUGUCAACAGCACUGUCUUAUCAUUUUCAGUAAUAAAAUAUAAAUACCCAGGUG